GCUGCCAACAGGCCGGGAAUUGAGGUUACAACACAUGUAAGUUAAAUGCAUGGUGGGGAUAUAAACUGGGUCGCAGUGUUAGGAAAUCUACGACCAGAAGAGAUACUUUUUUCUGAAAACAAGAUGGAGGUUUUUGAAGAAGCCAACGGCAGUGAGAGCGUUUUAGAUUUGUCCCGGUUGAGUCUGAACGAUCAGAGUUUUGAUACGAUUAGCGAGAAAAGACGCAAAGACACUAAACAACUGUACUUGUGUUACAACCGGAUCACGGUCCUGCAGAACUCUAUAUGUUCAUUCGCCAACCUUGAGUUUCUGGAUAUCAGCAACAACGCGCUAACUGUCGUCUGCGAGGAUAUCAUCCGACUGACCAAACUCAAAACCCUCAUAGCCAAGAAUAAUCGUUUAAAUGAGUUUUCUCUGCCUAAACACUUCGGCUCUCUGCAGCUGGAGGUGUUGAACUUAAGUGGAAACAGAUUUGAUGAGAUGCCGAGCCAGUGUCUGCAGCUUCUGCGACUUCAGUCUCUAUCACUGGGGGGAAACCGACUAAAGAGUAUCCCGGCGGAGAUUGAUAAUCUGACCAGUUUACAGAUGCUGUAUUUGGGCGGUAACCAGAUUUGCUCCAUCCCUGCUGAACUAGGCAACUUGCCCUGCCUCACUUACCUGGUGAUGUGUGAUAACCGCAUACAGAGUGUUCCUCCCCAACUCCACAGGCUCCAUUCCCUACGCUCUCUUAGUCUGCACAAUAACCUGCUGACAUAUCUUCCAAGGGAGAUCCUGAGCCUGGUACAGUUGCAAGAGCUCAGUCUCCGUGGCAAUCCCUUGGUUGUUCGUUUCAUAAAGGAUAUGACCUAUGACCCCCCAUCGCUAUUGGAACUGGCUGGCCGCACCGUCAAAAGCAAGAACCUUUUAUACUCGCAUCAAGACCUCCCGAACCAUUUGGUCAACUACCUUGACAUGUCCUGCAAGUGCCCCAACCCCAAGUGUGCAGGGGUUUACUUCGACUCAUGCGUUCGUCAUAUCAAGUUUGUGGAUUUCUGCGGCAAGUAUCGCCUGCCCCUGAUGCACUACCUGUGCUCUCCAGAAUGCACCUCACCCUGCAGCUCCAACCCUCAGAGUGAUGCUGACUCAGACGACGACAACAGUGUGCCUGCCCAUCGCCUUCAAAGAGUUCUGCUGGGAUAACCUCGCUCACCCCUCACUGAUCUCUUUCCCUCUCUCAGGGCUUUAUCAGCAAGGACAUUGAACUGCCAGCUGGCUCUACAACCUCUCAGCUGAAGCCAAAUCUUAUUGCCAAGUGAGUGAGUGAGUGGAAUAUAGCGGCCUUCUGGGAAAGACAUCUGCACAUAGUUUCUCAGUAUUUUAGGGCCUUGCUAUGCAAAGUUAAAGUGAAAACACUGGUAGUUCAGUAUAGGUUUUUAUUAAGUAGUUAUAUUAACUAUAUUAAAGGUUCCUUGGUCAUCAAGCUGUUUAUCUCUUGCACAUUUGCAAUAUAUAGAACAAUAAGCUUAGUUUAUAUUUUUACAAAAGAGUUUUGUUUCUACCGGUACUCAGUUUGAAGACAUGACUAAUUUUCUUCAUGUGGCGCACAAAUACUUACUGUGAAUCAAGGGGGAAAAUAAAUAUGGAAAGGACUAUUGCUUUUUGGGACUGUAAGAAGUAAUGAGUGAAAUUUCUGUGUUAUUUAAGUGCCACAGACAUGAAAAACUGAUCGUACAAACAAGUAGCCCCAAAAUUACUCUCCAGCCCAAAUGUUUUAUGUGAUACUACUCUAAACAAGCCGCUUAAUGUUUGUUAGCAACACAGAGACACGAUUUGCACUUUGAGGCGGUACCAAUGUGCAAGAUGGCAAAAGAAUACUUGGACAUUUCACUUUAGAUAAAAUGGUUGUCUUCUGUAUGUCUGUUUUUCGUCUAUGUCUGUGCACAGGUCUGAGACCUUACAGUCAAACAUUGCUACACAUCUUCAUAUAAAUGUAAUCCUUAUGUCAAAUAUGCUAACACUCAGGUUAUUGUCUGAUUGUGGAGUCAAAAACUAGGACAAGAAAAUUCUGAGAUAAAGAGUGACAAAGGUCACCAGACACAGACUUGUGUCUAAUCUGUAGAAGUUUGUUUUGAAAGCUAAUUCUUUAUUUAGAUCUUAAUGCAUCAACUAAAAAUGUGUGAUAUUGUUACAGGGCAAAACAAAGUUUAAAGUGUUAAUAGUGUUUUUACUUUUACUCCCAAGUGAGAAUGGAAAUUUACAUAACAUGUAAGUGAUUUUUAAAAGUUUUGUUUUUCAUACCCUUUCUGUAUUAUUCACUUACUACAUUGAUAUUUACUAUGCAUUUAAACAGUUGUUUUAAAAAAAAUAUUACAGGCAUUUUAAAUGAUCUUGAUCAUGACAGCUAUAUAUCAGUGACGAGAUAAAUUGUAGUCACUCAAAUGAUUUAUGUACAUGUAGAGUACAAUAAUAAAAUAAAUCUGUAUG